AGCGACAAGGCUCCGCUUAAGAAAGGGGCGGGGGCGGGACUUCCUGUCCCCCGGCGGAAGCGAGUACCCGGAAGCAGCGCGAGUGCAAUGCUGUAGGAAAGGCGGGGAUGGCUGGGGCGCUGGGGAGCUCUUCUUCCUCGGCCGAGAGCGCUGCGGCGGAGGCGGUGCGGCUGGUGCUGGACGCCGCCGACUUCUCGGCCCGGAAGCACUCGGCCCAGCGGCGGAAGGACCCGGAGGGCACCCCUUACAUCAACCACCCCAUCGGAGUGGCCCAGAUCCUGGUCCAGGAAGGCGGCAUCACGGACCUGGCGGUGCUGCAGGCGGCUCUGCUGCAUGACACGGUGGAGGACACAGCGACCACCUUCGCGGAGAUCGAGGGCCGCUUUGGGCCGGAGGUCAGGCGCAUCGUGGAGGAAGUGACCGACGACAAGGACUUGCCAAGGACGGAGCGCAAGCGCCUGCAGGUCGAACGCGCCGCCGGCAGCAGCCGGGCCGCCAAGCUGGUCAAGCUGGCCGACAAGCUCUACAACCUGCGAGACCUGAGCCGCUGCACCCCCCAAGGUUGGUCUGAACAGCGAGUCCAGGAUUACUUCCUUUGGGCCUCAGAGGUGGUGAAGGGCUUGCAGGGGACGAAUCCAGCGCUGGAGGAGAAGCUGCGGCUGCUCUUCAGAGAACGUGGGAUAUAUGAGUGAUGCUGCGGAGCGCCAGCCCUGCUAAUUUACAAGGACCAUCCAGAUGAAGGAGCAGAGAUGAAGAGAACUGGCCCAUGGCUCUUCAGUUUUCCCACUGUUCAGCGCCCUCCUCCAUCUCAACCCCUCCCCAUGGCCCCCCUUGUUUGAAUUGGCAUGAAGACUGUUCUGCUUGAUUGCCCAAAGAAGGUCGCCUUGGCUGAAGACGUUUCCAUGUUUUGCAAGCGCAGAGCUGAGAGUGUGCAAGAGGAGAGCUUGCAACGCGUCCCUCGCUCUUCCCCCCCGAGGAGAGUGUUGUGGCGGAGGAUGUUCUAUCUAACACCAAUGCUUUGCUGACUCUUCCCCUUCCUGACCUCUGGGAUAGCGCAUACUCCCACGGAAUGGCCACAGACAUUUCUUCUGCUGCUGAGAAGGGGAACAGGACUUUCCUCAGCUCAAUAACCGCAUCUGCAGCAGAGGGUUCUUGGGGAUUUGUAUGGAGGAUAAGGUUAUGAAAACAGCCUGUAAUGAGAGUGGACCUUAAUAAAAGCCCUGAGUGGUAUGUGA